CCAGCCUCGAGUCCCUGAUUAGAUGAUGAAAUAAAUAAAUUAAGGUCUUAUGUAGAUAAUAAUGGUUCAUAAAUGUACCAAGCAAACACAUACAUAGAUAUAUAGGCCACAUGUCUGAAGCUGCACAGGAGAGCAGCCAUGGAGCCAUUUUGACUCCCAGGCUGACCAGGUGUUUUCUCUGCAAGGUCAAAUGGAGGAGCCUCCCCAUUGUCUUUUCCUUCACAAAUCCUGUCUUAAGGGUAUGUCUGUGUAUGAAUGGGGUGAGCCUGUGACUUGACUCGGGAACUAAGUACUUAUCAUUACAAAAGACUGGCCAGGCUCCCCAGGGUACCAAUCCAGUAAACAUUAACAGGUAACUUGUCAGACAGGAGGUAAACAACCCACUCAGAUUUCUGCUGUAGACCGCCCUUUCUGUGAUGUAGGUAUGAUGUAUCUGGAGGUAGUCUUGGACUCCAAGGUGGGCAAUUUAAAAUGCCUGUAUAAGGGCGGACACACCUUUUUUUUUAUUAUAAGAUAUUUAUUGAGAUUUUCCAAAUGUUACAAUAUAAAAAUGAAAAAAAGAGGAAAAAAAGAAAAAAUACAAAAUACAAAAUAAAAAUGAUUAAAAACCACUCAAUUUUUCCAUUACUUAUUUUUCCUUAGCUUGUUUCCCGGACCUCCUCAUACCUCCCUUUUUUGUAUUCCAGUUCAAUUUGUUGGUUCAGCAAAUCCUUACCCUCUUUGUUUAUCCUAAUCUUUGGUCUUAAAAUAGUAACAUUAGAUUUUUACCUAUUAACAACCCAUUUUUCAUAUUCCCUUAAAGCAUUACAGCUGGAAACCACUUAAUUUCUAUCCAACAUCAUUCUAACAUUCAUUAAUUUUACAAUAUUUCUGUAGAUAGUCUUUGAAUUUCUUCCAAUCUUCUUCCACCGACUCUUCUCCCUGGUCUCAGAUUCUGCCAGUCAUUUCUGCCAGUUCCAUAUAGUCCAUCAGCUUCAUCUGCCAUUCUUCCAAGGUGGGUAGAUCUUGUGUCUUCCAAUACUUUGCAAUGAGGAUUCUUGCUGCUGUUAAGGGCGGACACACCUUGGUUCCGGGUCCUCCUCCUUUCCUGCGGGUGAGGGGAGCACCCUGUUGCAACAGUUCAAUAAAGAUCAGGCUUACUAGCUGCUUUGCUUCUCAAUAUUCUCUGGUUGGCCUCGUUAUUUUCUCCCACCAAUAGGGAACCUACAAAGGACUCUAUAAGGGCUCUUGUGUCCCCCAUAAGGGAAUAAGGGCAGAUUUUUCGUUUAUUACAUGACAUCCUCAUCUCCAUAGAUGACUCCAUCGUCCUUAUAACAAGAUGUUGGGUACGCCUUGAAGCAUCGUUGGUCAUUUGUCACAGAUGCUAACUCUCCUGAGCCAGGAAAAGGCUUGGGAUGAGGUGUGUAUGGUCCACGCUCGCCGGUAACCCUUAUCCAUUUGCAAUGGUUUUGUUUUACUGGACGGAGCCUCCGGCCACCCCGCUCUUGCCUUUGCAAAGUUGGGUUCGAGAUGCGCGUUGGCUCCCUAGAGGCGCGUCAUCUGAUGCAAAUACGCCCUGGCGGGGAUUCCCCUCCCGACAAGAGGAAUUGAUGGCGGUGGGCGGGUCGUUUCUCGGAAUUGAGAUCCUGGACUAGAAUCGCUUUCGGUUUCUCCCUGCUGCCUGGCGGUGGAGCGGGGCGGAGACCAGACUUGCUCUCGGAGGCGCCGCGCGGCUCCUGCGCUCGUCCCAGACCAGGUAAGACUCGGAGGGGAUGGGGGAGGGGGAGAGAAGAGCAUCCAGGAGAGUGGAUCUUUCUUUUUACAGAUAACAUUUGUAUUUAAGCAUAAUCAAUUUUAUACAUCCCCGGGCUUCCCCCGCCUCCCCAUGGCUACCAAUAUAGAUCUUUUUUUCUUACUACUGCAUCUAAUUAAAUUUAUCCAAUUUUGUUUAUAUCCACUUUUAACCCUACAAAAUCACAUUACAAGUGUUUGCCGUGAUCUUUAAGGUAUUCUAUAAACUUUUUCCAUUCCUUAAAUUUCUUAUCAUCUUGGUAUCUGAUUUUCCUGGUAAAUUUUGCCAUUUCGGCAUAGUCACCAUCUUGAUUAUCAAUUCUUCUUUGGUUGGAGUUUUCUCUUAUUUCCACCCCUGGGCGAAAAGCAUCCUCGCAGCUGUCGCAUACAUAAAGAGUCUUUUCAGGUCCUUUGGUAUUUCUUCAAAGGGUGGGUCUUUACAAUGGGGCAGGAUCUGGGAAGGGCAGCCGACAGGAGUCCAUUUGCACUUGGGCUCUCAGAUAGAACUCUGCACAUGCUCAAAGUGUCCCUCUUCACAAAGAGGCAGGUUCUGUGGAACGACACCCCUGUAAGGUAGACUAGUAUGAGUGAAGAUCGAACACACACACCACCCUUCAAAAAAAAUGUAUUGACCCUGACAGGGGUGCCAACUUGAAUAAAAUGUGGGGGGAGGGGCAGGUAAGCCCUGCCUUGCAUAAUCAGUUACAUGAUGCAAUACCUCAAGGACCGCCUCUUUCCAUAUGGACCUACCUGGACCCUGAGAUCAUCUUCUGAGGCCUCCUCCUCACGAUGUCCAGAGGGUGGCAACAUGAGAAUGGGGCCUUCUCUGCAGUGGCUCCCCGUCUGUGGAAUGCUCUCUCCAGUGAAGUUUGCCUGGCACCUUCAUUAUACACCUUUAGGCGCCAGGCAAAAAGUUCCUUUUUAACCAGGCCUUUGGUUGCCCUGAUCAGCAUCCCAUACCCUUUAAAAUGUGGCUCUUUUUAAGGAGGUAUUGUUGGGUUAUUGCUUUUAUUUUUAAUUUAUAUACUGUGAUCUUCUUAUACGAACUGCCCUGAGACCUCCGGGAAUAAGGCAGUGUGAAACUCAAAAAAUUAAAAUAUCAUGGAAAAUUUCAUUUAUUUCAGUAAUUCAACUUAAAAGGUGAAAUGCUAAACCAGAUGGAUCAAUAGGCGUCUGACUAGGUAUAAAGCAGCUGAACUGAAGCACUUAACGCUGCAACAUUUUGUUGCAGUACCCCGCUUUUCUUUGCCUAUGGCCCACUUGCAGAUCUAGUACAGUGGUACCUCGGGUUAAGUACUUAAUUCGUUCUGGAGGUCCGUACUUAACCUGAAACUUAACCUGAAGCACAACUUUAGCUAAUGGGGCCUCCUGCUGCCGCCGUGCCACCAGAGCACGAUUUCUGUUCUCAUCCUGAAGCAAAGUACUUAACCUUAAGCAUUAUUUCUGGGUUAGCGGAGUCUGUAAGCUGAAGCGUAUGUAACCUGAGGUACCACUGUAUGUUUGCUCCUUCCCCUUGCUCCCCUCUUUCAUGGCUCAUCUCUGCAGGCAGCUGAGACCUCAUUGAAGGGAAGAUGGCAGCGAACAUGGAAAAUUUGCCCGAACACAUUCUGUUGGAUAUCUUGUCUCUGGUUCCAGCAAGCGACCUCAUUUACAAUUGCCGGCUGGUCUGCUCUCAGUGGCGGGACUUGGUAGACCUGCCAGUUCUGUGGAAGCGCAAGUUCCAGAAAAGGGACCACGACUCUUCUCCAAAGCCAUUGGCUUUCUACAUUUUCUCCCGCCUAAAGAAGAACUUAAUCAAGAAUCCUGAUGGCCAAGGUAUGUCCCCAUUUAUCUGGUAGAAUAAAACGCUCCUGGACAGAAAUAUGAACAAUAAAGCCUUUAGGAACAUAGGAAGCUGCUGUACACUGAGUCCCAAUAUUGGUUCAUCUUUCACCGUAAUGGCUACACUAGGGCUGGGCAAUAUAUCAUCCAAGACCGGUUUGAAGUUCACCUGAUGAUAUUUUUUUCAUAAUAUUUGAGCUGGUUUUCAACAUCGGGAUAACUCACCAGCUAAACACUGCAAUGUUAUCAGCAGCUAAACCUGACAAUAUCACCAGCUAAACAUUGCAACCUACCACAAUGUCUGAAAUGAGGAUGGAACUAUACAGAGGCGAACAGGACAAUGUCCUGGCAACUGCUACUACGUAGGGGUUUGAAACAGAUAAAUGACAAUAUUAUCAAUUAUCACACAUUCUGUUUCAUCUGCAGGCAAGCCAAAAUGCAUCCCAACAGGACUACAUCCCAGCGUGGUGUAGUGGUUAAGAAUGGUGGACUUGUAAUCUGGUGAACCAGGUUCGCGUCUCCACUCCUCCACAUGCAGCUGCUGGGUGACCUUGGGCUAGUCACACUUCUCUGAUGUCUCUCAGCCUCACUCACCUCACAGACUGUUUGUUGUGGGGGAGGAAGGGAAAGGAGAAUGUUAGCUGCUUUGAGACUCCUUCGGGUGGUGAUAAAGCGGGAUAUCAAAUCCAAACUCCUCUUCUUCUUCUUUUUUGGCUUUGGGCUUGGCUACCAAAUGGUGGUAUUCAGGACAAUCCAAAGUGCGGUGGUGUGUCAUAGUAAAUACAGAUAAUCUGGGACUGCCAGACCGCCAGCAGGCCUCUUAGGAGACAGAAGAAGCAGCAGUGGCAGAAACACCUUGCCAUGACUGCGGUAUCUAUCUGUCUGUCUGCCUGUCUAUCUAUCUAUCUAUCUAUCUAUCUAUCUAUCUACACACACACACACACACACACACACACACACACUGUACCAUAUGUAUAUAAAUAAUUGCAUAUUCUAAAUAGCCAAGCACCAUGUCUUUUCCAGGUGUAAGAACCGAGAGGUUACUGAACUACAGCUCCCAUCCACCCCAGCAAUCGAGAAAUGACCCAGGAUGAUGGAAAUGGUAGUUUAGCAACAUCUGGGGGGCCAAAGUUUCCCUACAUCUGCUCCUCAGAGUAGACCUGUUGGAAUUAAUGGACCCAAAGUAAUAAUGUCAGUUAACUUCAGGGUGUCUACUACUUAAUCAUGCAACCCAAGGGUGAUAAUUUAACUACGGUCAUUUCUGGACUGCCUGUUUUUUGCCUCUUUAUCCUGAUUAUUUGCCCCACAUUUAAGGAUACUGGCUAUUUAUCGAGAAAAUUCAUUUGUGGGGAGGUUUUAUGGCAUUGCAUCAAGAAGUCUGAUUUUGUUGUGAUGCGGGUUGCUUGCACACCAUCGCCAAACCAGCCUAAAUCGGAGACCCUGAACUUGCCAUUAUGCAAUUGAGUCCCUCUUGGAAACAGGGACAGUCUGAAAGUGGCCUAAGUCAUUCUUGUUUUCUUUCUAACCCACGGGCUGCUUCCAUGCACUCAAAGCCUCUCCCUUCAUUUUCUGUCUCCCCGUCACACACGCUGCGUCAGAUGGCCUGGACUCCUGGGAAAUCCAGACACCUGCCGAGGGCCAUUGGGAAACUGAGGAACUGUCCAUAGAAGACUCAAAAAGCGUCCGUCAGAUGCUCAGCCCUUAUAAAAUGGGCUAUUUUUGGGAGAAUGAUGAAGAUGCUCCUGUUCAGCUCUACAAAUGCUUUGCUUCACGUAACAGGUGAGGAACCUAUCAUUGUACAAACUCAAAUCCACUUAAAGAUGAGGAAAGGGAGUUUUCAUAUGCCCCCCUCUCAAUAAAUAUAACCCAUUAAAAUGCAAUGGUCACUAAAGGGUUUAGCAAUUUGCAUCACCAAAUCCUAUCAAAGGAGCUGUUUUUUUUUUUGUUCUUUUUUUUUUGUAUGGACUAAAGAAGUGUGUGUUGUGGGGAGUGGGGAGAGCCAAAUGCUGUGGGUAAAAGGUAAAAGUCAAGGACCCUCGGAUGGUUAAGUCCAGUCGCGAACGACUCUGGGGUUGCUGCGCUCCUCUCGCUUUCAGGUUGAGGGAGCCGGCGUUUGUCCACAGCUUUCUGGGUCAUGUGGCUAGCAGGACUAGACUGCUUCUGGCGCAACGAAAAAUCGUGACCGAAGCCAGAGCGCACGGAAACACUGUUUACCUUCCCGCCGCAGUGGUACCUAUUUAUCUACUUGCACUGGCGAGCUUUCGAACUGCUAGGUUGGCAGGAGCUGGGACAGAGCAAUGGGAGCUCACUCCUUCGUGGGGAUUCGAACUGCCGACCUUCUAAUGGGCAAACCCAAGAGGCUCAGUGGUUUAGACCACAGUGCCACCCACAUUCCCCAAUGCUGUGGGGUAGUGAUGGUGACGUGGGGGUAGUGAUGGUGUUCCUUAAUGUCUCAGGCCCUGCAGCAAGUCUCAGCUCAUCACCUUGAAGGACGAGGGCUACUGGGAUGAACUAAUGGAUGAAGCCAGACCCACGAUGGAGGUGAAGGACUGGUGAGUGAGUGCUGGGGCGCAGGGAAGGUGGACACCCCAAACAAAGUUCUCGGCAUCUGUGAGAUCCCAAGGAUAGAGGUGGUCAGUGAGUUGGAGGCAGAGGGGAGGGUCUGCUUGGACCUAGGCUUCAGCCCCAGGGGCAGUUGUCUAGAGGAAUGAAGGCUGCCAUUGGCCACCACUUCCAUGGCGGCACAGAGAGGGCAGUGGUUCUCAAGGGUUUCAGUCAGGGAGCAUUCCCAGUCUUAGCUGGAUUGAACAAGAGACCUUCUGUAUGCAAAGCAGAAGCUCUAACCACUGAUCCACUGCCCAUUAGGGAUUGCAGUUUGUCUCCGCUUAUUUAGAAUGGCACCCAGUCUAAAUUAGUUAGCAGAUGUGUUAAUCAGGAAGGCACUGGGACCCAUCUUUUAGUUUUAUUUUGAAUGUUAACGAGACACUUCCUAAUAUUGAGUCUCUUCACUUCCCUGACCAAAGAUACCCAGAAAUAUAAAAAUGCCGGUACCAAGAUCCAGUCCUUUUUUACUGGGGGGAUGCAGGGGGGCACAUAUCCCUAAGGUAAACCAUUGGAUACCAAACCAAGAAACACCAGGACUGGUUUGAUGAGAAUGACAGUGAGAUUGAACGCAUGAUUGACAAGAAAAGGAAGGCCAUUCAGAUCUGGCAAAGAGAUAGAAACUGUGCCACUAACAAUAAACCUAUUCCAACGCUAAGGCUGAGGUUCAAAGAAGAACCAGAGAACUAAAAACCACCUGGUGGAUAAAAAAAGCUCAAGAGAUCCAGCACUUAGCUGACACUCAUGAUGCACAGAGUUUCUUUAAAGCCACAAAGAACAUCUAUGGGCCUAUGCCCCCUAUGCUCAGCAGACGGUACCACACUUCUAAAAGAUAAAGAAGCCAUUGCACUGCGCUGGAAAGAACGUUACCAACAUCUCCUUAACCGCAACUCCCCUGUAGCAGCUGAGGUCCUCUCACAAAUUCCACAAAAACAAGUUAGAGAUGAGCUUGCAGUAUCUUCAAAUCUGGAGAGUUGUGUACAGCUAUUAACCAAAUGAAAAACAACAAAGCCAGUGGACCUGAUGGGAUACCUGCCGAAAUCUUCAAAGUGGGUGGAAUUGAACUUACACAACAACUUCACAAGCUCAUUGAAAAAAAUCUUCUGUAUGCUGAUGACAACGUAGUGUGUGCACACUCAGAGGAUGACCUCAAAAUCAUGCUAAAUAUCUUUGCAGAAGCUUACGAAAAGCUUGGCCUAUCACUCAACAUCCAAAAUCCAAAGUGCUGCACCAAGAAGUACAAAAUAACCCCUCUGCAGCGCCACAAAUCUAACUCAGUGGUGUAAUGUUGGAAAAUGUUGAUCACUUCUCCUACCUAGGCAGUUAUCUUUCCACAAGGGCCAACUUUAAUGCUGAAAUCCAGCAUCGCCUGAGCUCUGCAAGUGCGGAUUUCUCCCGAUUGCAGUGCAGAGUGUUUAAGGACCGGGACAUUCGCAGGGAAACCAAAAUGCUUGUUUACAAAGCUAUUGUACUACCAAGCUAUUGUGAAACAUAGACCACUUAUAAACGCCAUCUCCAACUCCUCGAAAGAUUCCAUCAACGGUGUCUCUGAAAAAUUUUACACAUCACUUGGGAAGACAGGUGAACUAAUAUCAGUGUACUGGAAGAAGCAAAUAUCACCACUGUUGAAGCAAUGAUUCUUAAACAUCAGCUUUGUUGGACUGGUCAUGUUGUAUGGAUGCCUGAUUAUCGUCUUCCAAAGCAACUACUCUAUUCCGAACUUAAAAAUGGAAAGUGUAAUGCUGGUGGUCAAUAAAAGAGGUUUAAAGACUGUCUCAAUACAAAUCUAAAAAAAUGUAGUAUAAACACUGACAACCGGGAAACACUGGCCUGCGAGUGCUCCAGUUGGAGAACAGCCUUUAAAAAAGGUGUCAUGGGCUUUGAAGACACUCGCACUCAGGACGCAAGGGAGAAACAUGCUAAGAGGAAGGCAUGCUUGGCAAACCCUCACCGUGAUCAACUCCUGCCCGGAAACCUCUGUCCCCACUGUGGAAGGACGUGUGGAUCCAGAAUUGGCCUCCACAGUCAUUUAUGGACUCAUUGUUAAAACCGUGUUAAUGGAAGACAAUCUUACUUGGCUACGAGUGAUCGCCAAAGAAGAAGAAGAAGAAGAAGAUAGAAGAAGAUACCCCUAAACAUGUGAAUCUAACGGGAGAAGUGUUGGGUGUAGUGAAGGGUUAACCUUCUGUGUCUCGAGGCUGAGAGGAGGCGCUUACAAGGGAAGUAAGCCAGGACGUGACGAAAGCAGCUUGGAAUGCUGUGAGCUGAGUGAAAAGUGAAAGCAGCUUUGCUACGCAGCUGCCAAGCUGAGAGAGAAGGACGCAAAAUGCAACUUGAUUCAGAUGGUGUUUCUUGAUUGUAAAUAUGCUACUUUUGAGCAAAUAAAGUGCUAUUAGGAAAGAAGAAAUGUGUGGGACUUUUUACUGCCCUUCCAACACGGACGCUGUGCAAUUCUGCUAAUUGCUUUACGACCUGCAGAGGAGUGCAGGGGAGCGUGCCGGACGCCAAGAAUAAAGCAAUAAAUCUACUUAACAAGAAGAAACUAAAAAAAUGUAGCUUCUUCUCUAGCACGGUGAAUAGUCAGCUGUGUAAUAUGAAGUACAGUGGUACCUCGGGUUAAGUACUUAAUUCGUUCCUGAGGUCCAUACUUAACCCGAAACUGUUCUUAACCUGAAGCACCACUUUACCUAAUGGGGCCUCCUGCUGCCGCACCGCCGGAGCACGAUUUCUGUUCUCAUCCUGAAGCAAAGUUCUUAACCCGAGGUACUAUUUCUGGGUUAGCGGAGUCUGUAACCUGAACAUAGCUGUCAACUUACAGAUUUGAAAAUAAGGGACAAGCAGCCAAAAUAAGGGACCUGCAGCCUCACCUGUUCCAGGCACUCCAGUCUUCCUGUCCUCCUGCAGUCUGGUCAAACUCACACUGGUAGCUUCGAGAAGACUGUCCAACCAACUUUGUAACUAGAGGUUCAACUGAAUAGAAUCUGAAUCACAUGCACCACAAGGCCUAUGCAGCCUCAACUUAAGAUGGCUCCCCGGCCUGGCUUUGCACUGCAAAGUUUGCAGCAGCACGUGCAACAAAAUGGCGUCCAGCAUUCAAAAAACCUCUCAGCUUGCAUUAACUAGCCACACACAAGGCAUGCAAGCUCCACCCCCCAGUCGUUCUUAGACUUCUUAUUGGGGGAGCAACACAGCCAAGCAACACGGUUGGAGCCUCCCUCCUCCCUGGCCGGCAGGGAGGGAGGGAGAGGAGCUGCUUCCUUUGAAAUUUAAGGGACAUCAUUUAAUAAUAAUAAUAAUAAUAAUAAUAAUAAUAAUAAUUUAUUAUUUAUACCCCGCCCAUCUGGCUGAGUUUCCCCAGCCACUCUGGGCGGCUCCCAAUCAGUGUUAAAAACAGUACAGCGUUACAUAUUAAAAACUGCCCUGAACAGGACUGCCUUAAGAUGUCUUCUGAAUGUCAGGUAAUUAUUUAUCUUUUUGACAUCUGAUGGGAGGGCGUUCCACAGGGCAGGCGCCACUACCGAGAAGGCCCUCUGUCUGGUUCCCUGUAGCCUCACUUCUCGCAAUGAGGGAACCGCCAGAAGGCCCUCGGCGCUGGAUCUCAGUGUCCGGGCUGAACGAUGGGGGUGGAGACGCUCCUUCAGGUAUACAGGACCGAGGCCGUUUAGGGCUUUAAAGGUCAGCACCAACACUUUGAAUCGUGCUCGGAAACGUACUGGGAGCCAAUGCAGAUCUCUCAGAACCGGUGUUAUGUGGUCCCGGCGGCCACUCCCACAUAAGGGACAUUUAAGGGACAUCCAUCAAUAAGGGACAGCAGGGCACUGGAAUAAGGGACUGUCCCUUCAAAUAAGGGACACUUUACAGCUAUGAACCUGAAGCGUAUGUAACUUGAAGCGUAUGUAACCCGAGGUAUCAUGUAAUACAUGUUCUUUGUACUUUUGUCCAUUUACUGUAUUUAUUUCCCCUGAUUUGAACUAUAACAUGGUGAUUUUAUUGAGUCAAAAUGAGAGUACCCCUAAACAUUUUUUAGGAAAAAAGCACUGCCAAGAUCUCUCUCAAUCACCAUGUUGUAGUGGAAGAAAAGUGGUGGUUGACGUGCCCAGCUGGACCUCAAUUUGUCCCAGGCUCAUAUAAUUUCUCUCUCUUCCUUCUCCCUACCAAAAACAGCUUUUCAAGUGGGUAUGAUUCAUGCUAUACACUCACCGUGAAGCUGUUGUCUGCAGACUCUGAAGUCCUUAAAGAACAUCAAUACAAAGAACCUUGUGUGUCAACGUGGUAUCCGGUAAGCUGAGCCUGAGUAGAAAAUGCAAUCUUUGUUAAACUAGUGGAGGGUUGUCUAUUGGGGUGAAAGGGGUCCCACCAACCUCCGUCUGCUACGAUGUGCAGGCCUUCUUGUGUAAAUACUUCAUAAAAGAUAUAUACCACUAGACUGUAGAAAACCUCAAAGUGUCUUACUGACAAGCAGCUCAUCUGGUUGACUACCUGCGAGCUUCCUCCUCUUGUUUAACAUCCGGCAAGAGGAGAAUGGGGACAAAACUAAGAGGAGAAUGGGGACAAAAGUAGUCUGCCUCUGUCUCUCCUUGGCUCUGACUCCCCCUACUGUUGGCUUCCCCCCUUCCGCCCCCUCCAGCCACCGCUGUGGGGAGAGAAGUUCCAUCCUGGAACUUCUCCCCCAGACCCAGCAGCCUCCUCCCUUUCUCUCUCCUCUUUAGGUUUCACAUACUAUUUACGACUGCCCUCAAGGUGUCCGUCAUAUCCUCUUUGAACACAAAGUGCACCCGAAAGCCUGUCCUCCUGACCUCCUUAAGUACCUCUUCCCAGAGCAAGGCCCAAGUGAAGACAGGGAGCCACCCUGGGGUGAGAUGAGGGUAUUGCAAAGCAGCAUCACACUUCACCCACCACUAGUGGCAGAAGAAGUGGAUGACGAUUACUACGACUACCACUACAGAGAUUACCCCGAUUCAUCGGAGCAUUCCAGCGGUGACGAAUUGCCUUAUGGGUUUUUUUACAGUGCGUCUGGUUUUGAUUCGUGGUACAAUUAUGACUGAUACAAUGAUGACCGCUCCUCUCCUUAACGCCAUCAUCCCUUCUCUCAUCUGCGCUAAAUUUGCACCCAGUUGUAGCUUCAAUUUUGGGUGCUCUUUGCUUCUCUCAACCUGUAUCUUUUGCAGAUGCUCUGUUUCUACAUAUCUGUGAUCUAGAAGCAUGUCUGAAUAUGAAAACAAGGCAAGAGAUGGGUGUGGCGUUUGCCUCCUAGGAUGGGACAUAAGGAAAGGGUUAAAUGAGUGUGAUGUGUUUGGCCAGUGGGAAUGCAAGGGGAGGAGUAAAAGUUAGGAGUGGGAGGUUUUGAAAGUCAGUUGAGUUCUGGGAGUCGGAGAAGGAAGAGGGAGGAAUAGGCAGUGGGUUGGUUGAAUUGUAUUGUGAGAGAGUGAGAGAAAUUGUUAGGUGGAGUCAGAUAGUUGGAAUAAUCAGUUUGAAGUUGUUAGAAACGUAUAGGACAGCAAAGGAACUAAGAUUAAUAAACUGACAAGAAAAAUUAACUGAAACCAUACGCUUGUUCCUGCAUUUAAAAGUAAACUUGAUUAUUUGUUAAUGUUAACAACUGUCUGGACUCCAUGUGUCCCCGGGAGAAACGGGUGGUGGCAGCAAAGUAAGGAAUCACAGUGGUGGCACAGGGUCAGUAGACUGUCAUACGUCCAGGGGCCCUGUGUGAUCACCACAAUGGGCUGGCUAGGAGGCUGGUGAAAACUGACUCUCUAUUUUUUAUUUUUUAAGUGAGAUGGUUUUGGGAUAGCAAGGGGUCCUCUUCUCCCACCCCCAUUGGAUAGGGCACGUCCAACCUGAACUUCUUUACUGCAGAUCAUGGCAUCAGUGACACUGGCAUAGAUGGAUCUAAAAAGAGACCCCCUAUUUUAACCCUGUGUGUUGAUCCAAAGGUGAACAGUUCCAGAAACUCUGCUAAUGCCAUCUUAAUUGGGAAACACUGACCUGCGAGCUCUCCACUUGGAAAUCAGCCUUUACCAAAAGUUUCAUGGGCUUUGAAGACACUUGAACUCGGGACGCGAAAUAUGACCUGGAUUCAGGAACUAAUUAACCAUCAAAAAGAAUGGCCAGGCUGCCCGGGUAAUCCAGUCAGUGACCAUUAAUAGGUUUCCUGCAAGACAGGAUUCUGCUGUAGACCGCCCCUUCUGUAAUGUAUGUAUGAUGUAUUGCGGGGUGGUCUUAAGCUUACAGGGUGGCAAUUUCAAAAAGUCUAUAUAAGGGCUUGCAUACCAUUGUUCUGGGUUCCUCUUCCCUCCUGCGUGUGGUGAGUGGGGACCCUGUUGCAACAGUUGAAUAAAGAUCAGGCUUACUAGCUGCUUUGCUUCUCAAUA